AGACAGCUUUUCUCUUCCUUGUAGCCAGCAGCUAACUCACAUUCCUGCUGACAGCACAGAAACUAGGUGUGUGUCAGCUGACAGUUGUGUGAUGCUAGCAUGGUAACUUUGGGGGAUUAGCAAACAGAUACUGAGCUGCUAAUUAAGAGGUCAUCGAGGUGGGAUUUAGAGUGCGAGUGGAGCGUUAACUAUGUGGCCGAUGAGAGGGAGAUGUACGUAAAAUAACAAUAAUAAUAAAAAAAAAACUCAAGUGGCUGUUGUAGCGUUAGCGAGCUAGCAGCUAUCUCAGUAGCAACCGUAGCUAGCAGGCGGUGACAGCUCCCAUGGACGGCGUUAAAGUGUCAGCUUUUCUUCUGAAGACCCUGUAGGCGGCUUACGCUAAGAUAAAUGUUGGCUCAAUGGCCAGAACGGAGCUGAGCAAUGGACUUAAUUUGCGAGACAACCCGGAGAAGCUGACAGAAAAUGGGACGGGCUCCUCGUACGGAUUAGACCCAGAGGUAAACGGCAAUGUCGUCCCCGGAGAGACCCAGGUGGACAAAUACGGAUUCACAGGAGGAGCCCAGCAAUACUCUGGAGACUCUGCUGAAGAGGUUCCAGCUGAGGUGUUGAGACAGCGGGAGGCAAAAUGGUUGGAGAUGCUCAACAGCUGGGACAAGUGGAUGGCCAAAAGACACAAGAAGGUGAAAGAGCGCUGUCAGAAGGGGAUCCCUCCAUCCCUGAGAGGCCGAGCUUGGCUCUACCUCUCUGGAGGCAAAGUGAAAAGGGAGCUAAACCAGGGCAAGUUCCAGAAACUGGACGAGGCGCAAGGAGAUCCCAAAUGGGUUGAUAUCAUUGAGCGGGACCUUCAUCGACAGUUCCCUUUCCAUGAAAUGUUUGCAGCGAGAGGAGGUCACGGGCAGCAGGACCUGUUUCGUGUGCUGAAGGCUUACACUCUGUAUCGGCCUGAUGAGGGUUACUGCCAGGCUCAGGCUCCCGUCGCUGCUGUACUCCUGAUGCAUAUGCCAGCUGAGGAUGCUUUCUGGGUUCUUGUUCAGAUUUGUGAAAAAUACCUUCCUGGAUACUACAGUGCUGGGCUGGAGGCGAUCCAGCUCGACGGGGAGAUUCUGUACGCUCUGCUCCAGCAGGUUUCCUCUGUGGCCUACCGUCACUUAAAGAAGCAGAAGCUGGAGCCCACCCUGUGCAUGACCGAGUGGUUCAUGUGCAUCUUCUCUCGCACUCUGCCGUGGGCCUCAGUGCUGCGCGUCUGGGACAUGUUCCUGUGUGAAGGAGUGAAGAUCCUCUUCAAAGUGGGCCUGGUCCUCCUCAAAUGCACGUUGGGAUCCCAGCAGAAACUGAAGGACUGCCAAGGUCUCUAUGAGACAAUGGAGCUGCUCCGAACAAUAAAUCCACAGUACAUGCAGGAAAGUUUCCUGGUGCAUGAGGUUAUCGAGUUAACGAUAUCUGAGACAAAGAUUGAGAAGGAGCACAAUGCUCAGCUCCGGCGCUGGAAGGAGAGCCACGGAGAUCUGCGCUGUAAGUCCCCUCCCAGGAUGCACGGGGCUAAAGCCAUCAUGACCUCUGAGCCACACACCAAACAACACCUGAAACAGAUGCCUGCCAUCAUCGUGGAGUAUCCUUUGGCACCCAAGAUGGAUGUGAAUGAAGAAAAUAGAAAGACUAAGGAUGAAGAUAAGAUGAAGACAGCAUUCCCUUCACAGGAGCUGAUUAAUCCUUACGCUCCUUCCUCUGACCCCUCACCUCUCUUUGAACAUAUAACCCUAAAAGGGUCCAAAGAGAGUCUGAGCAGUGUAGAGCAAGACACCUACCUGUAGCAGGAGAAGAUUUAUCACAGUUUACAAACAGCAGUAAGUCCAUCCAGGCCUAACCAAGCAGUGACAGUGUGUCUGGGGCAAAAAUAAAACUGAGAUGUUUUUGAAUUUUUACGUCAGUUUGUAAAACUGAACGCCAGCUAAGCAGCUAGGCUACGCAGGUGCUGAAAUCAUUUCACUCACACACGUUGCUCUGCUUUUUAACUACAUCCUACAGCCAAAUUUUUAAAGUGGAACUCAGAGGUGUCAUUUCCAGGGACCAGCAGCAGAUGGCGACAAUGUGCCACGCUGAUAAAUUAGGUUUUAUUCCUCCAGGCAGGGCGUUUGAACUCGGUGACAUUUUGUCCAUCUCCAUUGGGCCCCUGUGGCUUUAACAACCUCAUCAUCACUCAUGUAAACACAUAAUUGUUUAAUCCUGAUUCCCCCCGAGUUUAAUUCAAACUCUAAAAGAUAAACAGGGGAGAAGAAAAAAGAAUUUGAGUGCAUGAUCAAAUUUGUUUGCUAAAUUAGGUCCUGCAGUGCUUUAGAUUUUUUUUCACCACUUCUAAAUUGUCCCAUUUUGCUGAUAAUAAAAUAAGUAAACAAUUUCAGUCCUUAUAGUUCUGUGAUUGUAAUCGCAAUGCAACGUUAAAGUACUAAUUAAUCAGAAGUAGCCCACUGGAGAAUAGUCACGUUAUUUUAAUUUAAAAGAGAUUAAUGACACCUGUCGGUAAUGUGGACAGGCUCACUAACGCUUAUCACGCUGUGCCGCCUCCAUGAAAAUAGAAGAACAUAUUCUUUAUAUAUAAAGCAUAUGUUCUCUUAUUUAUCACAGUUGGAAAUUCUUAAAAAAAUAAGUUCAAUAAGUAGACAUUUAUAAAGCUCAAAUAUGCUUUGUUGCUUCAUACAUUUGUAUACAGAAUUGCUUCAAAGCAGCUCUUUUCAUAGUAAAGGUUGCUGAUCUCUGCCUUUGGGAGAAAAAAAGCUUGUGGAUAACUGUUAACACCUCCUGCUAGUUACCUCUUAAAAGCAGCGCUCUGAUUAUCCCCCAUCUUUUAAAACACUGAGUCUUAAUUAAUGAGUUUUUUUUCCAGGAGCUCUUUACUUUUUUCCCAGUCUUCCUUUUUGCCUACAGUCACUACGUUGCCAUCGGAUAGAUUUUUAUUGAUCCUUUGUUCGUCUCAGUCAUUCGCACUAAAUCACAGACGCACAGUUUUUAUGUGUGCGCUCAGCAGAGUCUGUGGUGCUGCCUCAGCGAGUCGGUCUCUGCUGUCACUGAACACUAGAGGGCGCCCUGAGAUUAUCUCUCAGCCUCCAUCAGUGAGCAGCAGCUUUUAUCUUACAGGGAAAAAAGGAGGAAAAAAAACUGACCCAAGCUGUUUGACACUCAAUGAAGGGCGAUAGUUCAGGGACUUUUUGUGCCACUAAGCCAAAGAUUUGUGAAGUUUAUUUUUUCAGAUGUAUUCGUGGAAGUAAUUCAGUUGUGUCUGACAGUAUUGUCAGUUUGGGAGUGCGUGGAGUUUUUAUUUAUGUCGUAAAUGAAACGUUAUAAGCUGUUUUUGUACAAUUACACUUUAAAGGUUUAUGGUUUCAUCUGCUUUAAAUUUGUUUUAUUAUUAUAAUAAAAGAAAAGGAGCGCACUGGAGGGUUGUUCUCUGCGGCUAAAGCCGAUGGAGCCGGAAACCUUUGACGGUGACGUGUAAAUACUUGUAUAAAACCGAGAUGCCGCAAGUGAAGAAAAAUGAAGAAACUCUUCGAAAUGAACUGAAAAACAGGCAACGUUUAACAUUACCAGCAAAAGAUGUGAUUUGGAGUUACCACCACACCUUUGGAGAUUAUUUUCAGUCGAUGAUUUUUGUAAUGGAAAAUGGUUGUGGGAAUGUGUUGACCUUUAAAUACUGUCAAAUGUUUUAAAGCAUAUGCUACAGAUUCAUUUUUUAAAAUUUGUUUUGAAGCACUGUUUACUUGUGAUGCCCUGUGGAGCUUUUUAAAGUCACAUUGGAGAUUUUAAAACUUUUUGUUUUUGUUUUUAACCGACAUGUACGUCAACAGUUUCUGCAAAAAGCUGUCCUGAAGAGCAGAUUUUGAUCCAGGGAAGGAAUUUGAAUAAGUUAACCGGUCAUUUUAAAGAACAGGAACAUUUAGUUUGCUGCCCAUCCACCGGAAAAUGCACACUCCAAUAAGUUGAUAAGAUUCUGCUUAUUAUUAAUCGUUGCAGCAGUUAUAUUUUGAAACAAAAGAGCAUUUAUUUUGAUAGGGGCUUGUAGAUUUCUAAAAUUUUUCCUCAUUUGAUUUAAAAUGUGUAAUUUUUUUCCACCAAAUUCCAUUUAAAUCAAUAAAACUUGAACAUAUA